UCUUGCGCUCUUUCAGCCAUGGCAUGAUUCAUUCAGCUAUUCCUUUCAUUAAGUUGUUCGUAAGCUUGUUUUGCAGUAACUUUUCUGUUUUAAAGAUUUUAUAUAGCCAAACAUACGCAGAUACGGCUUCAGUUUGGUGCCUUAACGCGGUGCGCGUACUUCAAACCGCUUUUACCUAUUCAGCUGAACUUUCGCUUCUUAUAUACAUACAUACAUACAUAUGUGCAUAUAGCCAUAUGUGCAUAUAUAUAACAUACUUACAUAUAUAAACGAUAUUUCUACGGUUUUAGGACCUAUUCUUAUUGUCCUUCUAUUGAACCAAGCAAUACAUACAUACAUAUUCUUCCAAAUUUUGUAUUGCGUUAGGGCUGUGUAGUAGUUCGAAUAAUUAAAUAACAUUUAAAUAUUACGUUGUGCCAUGGAGAGGAAAGGAUUUCACAAAAAUAUUAUAUUUUCCCUGGCUAUAAUAACUUUCUUGGAUUGUCGUGAAGUUCAUGGAGUACGUAUUAAAGAAAAUCAUCCGGAUUUAACACCAUCGAGCUCUUUUUGGCAACAACAUGUGGCCAAUCCUAGUAGUUCAACACCCUUCGAACCGCCCUUCUAUUCGGCAACACAUGGCCUUGUCCAGACACACCCCUCUUUAAAUGGGAAUAAUGUAGGCCCCGUGCCGCUUAAUAGCAACAUCCUUGGAAGUGGAUCGUCUGCGUCAGGCACAGUAAAUAGUAAAUCAUCUUUAACCGCUGGAAGUGGCUAUCUAAAUUCACGCGGAAGUCUGCCGAGUUCUGCACGUUAUCCAGCUAAUAAGAUAACAGGCACCGUAGUCGAGCCUAAUCCAAAAUCACCAUUCCGUCACUUGGAUUUCUCAACUAGUGCAACUGCGGAAUUGAGACGCAAUCCUGCUCUGUCUGCCCCAGAUGAAUGUGCACGCGCUUGCCGGGAAGGCGAGCCGCCAAGAAUUUGCUAUUAUCAUUUUACCUUGGAAUACUAUACCGUGCUAGGCGCUGCCUGUCAGGUGUGCACUCCGAACGCUACUAAUACUGUUUGGAGUCAUUGUCAGUGUGUUUUAGCUGAUGGAGUUGAACGGGGAAUUCUGACCGCAAAUCGAAUGAUACCUGGACCCAGCAUCCAGGUUUGCGAAAAUGACAAGGUUGUUAUUGACGUGGAAAACCAUAUGGAGGGAAUGGAAGUAACCAUACACUGGCACGGUAUUUGGCAGAGGGGUUCGCAGUACUACGAUGGAGUUCCCUUUGUUACCCAGUGUCCUAUUCAACAGGGUAACACUUUUCGUUACCAAUGGACAGGAAACGCCGGCACUCACUUUUGGCAUGCCCAUACUGGCCUUCAGAAACUAGAUGGACUUUACGGAAGCGUUGUUGUUCGUCAACCACCGUCAAGAGAUCCUAAUUCUCAUUUAUAUGACUUUGAUUUGACCACCCAUAUAAUGCUUAUUAGUGACUGGUUGCAUGAAGAUGCUGCAGAGCGCUAUCCAGGGCGUCUAGCAGUAAACACCGGCCAAGACCCUGAAUCAAUGCUGAUCAACGGCAAAGGCCAAUUCCGCGAUCCUAAUACUGGAUUUAUGACAAAUACGCCAUUAGAAAUUUUUACAAUUACACCUGGACGCCGAUACCGAUUCCGCAUGAUAAAUGCAUUCGCUUCCGUCUGCCCUGCACAAGUAACCAUAGAGGGCCACGGAAUGACGGUAAUUGCAACUGAUGGAGAGCCCGUGCAUCCUGUCAAUGUCAACACAAUAAUCUCAUUUUCAGGUGAGCGUUAUGAUUUCGUUAUUACCGCGGAUCAACCUGUUGGAGCUUAUUGGAUCCAAUUGCGGGGGCUUGGUGAGUGUGGUAUUCGUCGAGCUCAGCAACUUGCAAUCCUGCGUUAUGCACGUGGGCCCUAUCAGCCAACUUCUCCACCACCAACGUACGACGUCGGAAUACCGCAAGGUGUGGUUAUGAACCCAUUGGACGCUCAAUGCAAUCGUCAACGCAACGAUGCAAUUUGUGUAAGUCAACUGAAAAACGCUCUUGAAAUAGAUCGAGGAAUAUUGGCAGAGAAGCCAGAUGUGAAAAUUUUCCUACCGUUCCGCUUUUUUGUAUAUCGAGCCGAAGAUCUUUUCCAACCAAACACUUAUAAUCGAUUUUUAGUGGCACCUACUGGCGACCAUGUCAUUUCACUUAUUGAUGAAAUUUCAUACUUAUCGGCACCGGCACCUCUAACAUCUCAGUAUAACGAUAUUAAUCCAGAACAGUUUUGCAACGGAGAUAAUCGGCCUGCGGAUUGCGGACCAAACUGCAUGUGUACGCAUAAGAUUGAUAUACCACUCAAUGCUGUUGUGGAAGUAGUUUUAGUAGAUGAAGUUCAACAACCUAACUUGUCACACCCAUUCCAUUUGCACGGAUACGGGUUUAGUGUCAUUGGCAUAGGGCGAUCGCCAGACUCUUCUGUUAAGAAAAUCAAUUUAAAGCACGCUUUGGACCUUGAUCGUCGUGGACUUUUACAUCGACAGUAUAAUUUGCCACCGACUAAGGACACUAUUGCAGUUCCCAAUAAUGGUUACGUAGUGCUGCGAUUUAGAGCUGACAAUCCUGGUUUUUGGCUGUUCCAUUGUCAUUUCCUAUUCCACAUCGUUAUUGGAAUGAAUUUGAUUUUACAGGUUGGCACAAACGCUGAUCUGCCACCUGUGCCUCCAGGUUUUCCGACAUGCGGUGACCACACUCCACCCAUACCGAUAAAUUAAGUAAAACAAGAAAAACGCAACACAAAUUGAGCCACGUUAAAAGGAAGCAAAGCAUUUUUAAUAACAGAACAAGACCUACAUACUUAUUAAUUAGUUUGUACAAAGCUUGGUACAGCACAUAAUACAUAUGUGCAAUUAAUGUAUAUAUUUUUGUAUAAAUAGCACAAAGCAACCUAUGCCUAUUUAAAUAAUGCCAAUAUUGCCAACUUUUCAAUCAGAAUUAAUACUCAUAAAUAAUUAAUAUAAAUAGCAUCUUUCCCCUCUCCUUGACACUUACGUACUUAUUAUCAAAUGUAUAUAUUCUCAGACGAAAAAUUUAAUAGAAUCCAACCAAAAAUGUAUGAUUUUUUAUGCGUUUUUUGCAAUUGAUAAUAUAAAUACAUUUAAAUUUUCUGUAAAUAACGUUUUUAUCGUGUUAAUUUGGUUGCAGGUUUAUUUACUUGCAUAUAGAUGAAUAAUUUAAAAACACAUAAAAUAUGGCAAAUUUUUUGAACAUUUUUCUUUUACUAAAUCAUCGAAUGAUAGUUGAGACGUACAUUUAUAUCCGCCAGUUUCGAGUUUUUUUGUGCUAAAUUUAGAUUUACUCAAUAUUUAAUUAUCCCAAAAUUUAUUUCUCUAUUGCAAACACAAUUUUAAUGUAUAAAUGUAAUAUACAUAAAAAUCACGUAAAUGUAUGUAGUAAAUUGAGAACUCCAUGCUCACAAAGGCGAAACAAAAAAUAUUUAAUAAAGACUAAUCAACUAUUUUUCGAA